GCUCAUUGCUUCGAGAUGUCAGGCAGACUUUAGCACUGUUGUAAGCUAGUUAUCUACAUAACUCUAGAAAAAACUAGAAAUUUAACAAAACGUCAGGUAGUCCUCUGUUUAAUACGACAACUGCAAUUUGCAGGGUAUUCACUAAUAUUGAAUAUUUACCCUGCCACAGUUCGUGCAAUGCGAUGAAGAGUGACACAUUCAACUAACGUUAGCUAACUGCACAAGAUCUUACCUAGCUUACCCAGCGAACAACAGGCUAGCUAGCUUUCAUCUUAUUUUGAGAGCUAGCUAGCCAUCAUCACCUUUCCGUUUUUAAAGGGAGAUAAAAACUGAUCAGACGCAAGUUGAUCGUUAGUUGUCUUACGUAAGGAAGUGGGAUACGCCUCUGCAAUGGAGGAAGUUGAUACGAUUUUAAUUCACUCGCUCAGACAGACUGGCACGGAUGUGGCUGAUGAUAUCCAGAGUGUGAAGCAGUUCACCAGUGAGCUGAUUGUAGAAGCUGUGGUGAGAUGUUUGCGAGUGAUCGAUCCAGCCCUUGGCAGUGGGCUGUCCCCCUCCUUGCCUCCUGGCAUGUCUGCUCGCUUCAGAGUGGGCAUGAGCCUGGCACAGGCCUGCCAGGAUCUUGGAUACAAGGGAGAGAUUGGUUACCAGACUUUUCUGUACAGCAACGAACCAGAGAUCCGUUCCCUCCUUAUGUUCUUGGUGGAGAAGCUUCCUAGAGAGAGUGCUGAAGCAUCAGACCAGCCAGCUGGUAAAUCAGCUGUUCUUCAGAAAUCCAUCGCUGCCCAGAUCAGGGCACAGUUAUCCCUUCCCUGGCUCCCUCCAUCUUGCAGACUUCCCCUUCUUUUCAAAACACAGAGCCCCGGACCAUCACAUAACUUUCACACUCAGCCACUUAGUUUACCACACUGUGUCAAAGGCCCAGGGAAAAAGCAACUGAAAGAGGUAAUGGACUAUCAUAGAGACUAUCUCCUCCCUGUCACCGCCCAGCCUUCCCAGCAUGCCUCAGUGGCAGCCUCCCUGCUGGAGCAGCAUACAGCUGAGCUGAGUGCUGCCCAGGAGUGGGAAAAUGAGUGGAACAGCCAAGGUCUUCUUUCACGGCUCACACCAGAGGAGUAUCGGUCAAGGAAACGUGCCCGUCUGCAAAAGCGUAUUGAAGAGCAACUGCGCACAACGGCCCAGCCUCGACCUGAUGUUGCUGCUGGUGCUCAACGCUCUGGGUCUGACCUAUCAGAGCUGCUGCAGUCAUUUGGGGGAUCUGCCCUUAACAAUGACGUCCUCACUAAGGGCACCCGCUUCACCCACACCCAGAAGUUCACUUUUACCCAGGAGCCAGAGAAGGCUGUCCAGCAGAUGGCAGCAGCAGCCAGCUCCCUGCCCAGCGGGCGGCAGUCAGAGGAGGAUGUCCAGGCACGACAGCAGGAGGAGAUGGCUUCACUACAGCAGCAGCUCCAGCAACUCUCGUUCCACAUAGAUGAGCUGGGAGGAGACAUGAAGCAGCUCACAGUGUCCAUGCAACAGCUGUCCAGUGAACUCAAACAGAAAGAGCUUGGAAACACAGAGAAGGACAAGGGUGUACAAGUAAAGAAACAGACCAUUGACCUGCUGCCAGACGUGGAAAACAACAUGACAAAACUACAGACUCUGGUGGAGAGUAGUGCCAAUCGGGUGGUUAAUCUCGCCUCUCAGUGGGAGAAACAUCGAGCUCCACUCAUAGAUGAACACCGCAGGCUCAAGGAGCUCUGCAGCAACCGAGAGUUGGAGUCGUCCAGAAAACUGUCUGAAAUCAAAGAUCUUCAUGAUAAAAUCCGUCAGUCUGCUGAAGAGGCCAAGAAAAAAGAGGGACUGUAUAAGCAACUGAUAACCGAGUAUGAGAAUCUCCCGAAAGAUGUUUCACGCUCAGCGUACACUUUGAGGAUCCUGGAGAUUGUUGGAAACAUCAGGAAACAAAAAGAGGAGAUAACUAAGAUUUUGUGUGACACCAAGGAGCUGCAGAAAGAAAUUAACAACCUGACAGGAAAAUUAGACCGAACGUUUGCUGUGACCGAUGAACUGGUCUUCAAGGAUGCGAAAAAAGAUGAAUCUGUCCGCAAAUCCUACAAGUACUUAGCAGCCUUGCAUGAGAACUGUACUCAAUUGAUCCAGACUAUUGAAGACACAGGCACAAUCAUGAGAGAAAUCAGAGAUCUGGAGGAACAGAUUGAAACAGAGAAUGGUAAAAAGACUGUGGCUAACCUGGAAAAGAUCCUGGAAGACUACAAGGCCAUUCGACAAGAGAACUCUGCCCUGGCUACCAAAAUCAGGGAGGGAUAAUUCCCACCUUGCCCUGUUGAUUCGCUGACUAGCAACUCAGACUUGAGACUGACUACCUGUUGAACUAAAACCAAAUUCCAUCUGUAAAUUUGGAAAUGCUGGUUAAAGUCUAUGGUCGCCUUCUUGGUAUCUUUUGAAAAAGCCUACAGGACACUGGGAGGAUUUUGUACUGCAACAACAAAGCAAUUUUGUGCACAAACCAUGUUGGAUGUACAAGUGACACUUGCUCUCUUUGCCCUUCCUUGCAUCUCUGGGGUCCAUACACUGGUUUCACAUUGAUUUAAUUCUGGCCAAUCAAAAGAAGAAAAAAGAACAAUUGGUUGAAGUUUUUCUUUUUCUGAGCAGUUUAUUUUGAAUGUACAGAUAUUCAAUUGGUUCUAUUAAUUGCUCCAUUCACAAGAUACAGUCUUGGUGAUCAAGGUAUCAUUGCAUUGAGCGCUGAUCGGCACCUUUUUAAUACAGUGAUUAUUCCCUCUAUGCCUUUAACGGUUACUGUAAAUGUAAACCACACAAUUAGCUUCUGUCGAAAUCAUUGCUGGAGACAGAAUAGGGGAUGGCAGUAUGUUAAGUGAACUUGUAGGUCACAUGGCUAACGAUCUUCCACCCCCCCCUCCCCACAAUAUGCUUAGUGACCCUAACAAACCACUAACAUUACAUUGUACAGUUAAAUACUUCAUACAAUGACUCAAGGACACUCCUGUUUGCAGCACCAGGGAAUUGUUCAAGCCUUGCUUCUUAAGACCAUGAUGGUAUUGAAAUGUGGAAAAAGAUUCCAUUGACAAUAUCUCACAUUUGACCUCUUAAAACACAAUGUUACUUCUGUAUUGUUUUCAUAUUAGUCCAAUCUCAUGCCUUGAAAUCAAAUGCUGCCUUUGUGUCUUUUGCUCAGUGUUAUUUAGUUUCCAGAGCCUUGACAGGAAGUGGAUGAACUAUCGACCUUUUGUACACUGAUUUAAAUGGUCAUAAGAAACAUUUGUCAAUUAACUUUUGCCAUAAUGAAAAUGUAUUAAAUGUUCAAUUUAAUUUAA